UUAGGUAAGCCACUUUCAAUUUCUAAAAAUAAAGUUUGGAAUUCCAUGCUUCAUUUCCAAACGCGUCACUCACAUGAACAGUUGUAAAAGAUCAUUGCUAAUCCAUGUCAGUUCAUCAAGUGAAUAAGAUCCUCAAUUUAUACGAAUAUACCGAAUCUGUUAAUGGAGUUCGAAAUAUUUAUAUGAACAAUAAGAAAAUACAAUUAUUUUGUGUGACAACGUGUUGUGAUUGAGCAGCAGCUGCCAUGGCAAGUUCUUCCCCGAAUCCGAGUCCACCGCUGGCCCCUCGGACCCCCAAACCGUCCCCUUUCAGAGUUCAACCGGGGAUCAGGGCCGCUCCGCCUGCCACGAGUAACCCUGCGAUAGAGCUACUCGAAAUAUCUCCCGACCCGCGCCUGGUGAUAGCGAUCGACUUCGGGUCCUACGCGAGUGGGUAUGCUUGGCAGUUUCGGACGGACUUUGAGCGAGAUCGUCUGGACAUCCACAUCAACACGAAAUGGUCAGAGGGUGGACUGUGUUGCUACAAAACACUUACUGCGCUGCUGUUGAAGCCUGACAAGUCGGUGGCCGAGUUCGGUUUCCGAGCAGACAAGAGGUUCAGCACAAUCAAGGAAGAAGAAGCCGACUGGGAAAACUGGUACUUCUUCCGAGGUUUCAAGAUGAUGCUUUAUGCAAAUGCCAAUUCUUUAGAUGCUAAUACAACAGUGGAAGCCGCUAAUGGAAAGCAUCUGUCAGCUUCAUUGGUCUUUGGAAAGUCCAUGCAGUUUAUGAAAGACCACGCAAUAAAGAAUCUUAAAGAAGCAGGAGUUCCAUACAUAGAAGAUGAUACCAAAUGGGUGAUCACAAUCCCGGCUAUAUGGACUGACCGUGCAAAGGGUUUGAUGCGAAAAGCGGCUACGGAAGUGGCAGGAAUUCCAGCAGAUAACCUGACGAUUGCUCUAGAACCGGAAUGUGCGGCCAUCUACUGCAGUCAGCUCACACGUCAACAACUUGAAAUUGACGGUGAUGGAGGCAAACUGCGUUACAUCGCGGCUCCGGACUCUGUGCUCAUGUUGGUGGACAUGGGAGGAGGUACAGUUGAUGUCACAACAGUUCGCGUUGGCGAAAGAGGGCAAAUGGAGCACGUGCAGAUGUCAGGUGGCGGACCAUGGGGCGGUAUGAGGAUCGAUGACAAGUUCUUCGCGAUGCUUAGAGACCUGAUUGGCCAAGAUGUCUUGGAUAGAUUUGUGACGGAGAAUGAAAUGGAUUACUUCGAUCUAAGAAUGGACUUUGAAACACAAAAACGAGAGGUCAAACACCCCAGUGACUCGGAUUCCAGCCCACGAUUUCGACUCAGAAUUCCUGAUUCACUAAAAACUUUGUGGGAAAAGAAAACAAACAAACCCAUAUCAGAAAUAAUGAAACAAGAUCAUAUUAGGGAAAAAGAUAUAAAAUUUGCAAGUUCGCGCCUAUCAUUUCCAAUAAAAAUUAUCCAGGAAAUGUUUGAUGAAGGUGUACAAGAAAUUUUGAAUUGUACAAAUAAAAUUCUUGUGUCCAAGGAAGUUAAAGGAUUGCCUAUUACAGCGCUGAUAGCUGUUGGAGGUUUUGCGAUGUCAAGCUAUGUGAUAAAGGCAUUGAGGCAGGAGCUUGGUGAAAAGAACAUCCCGGUUGUUCGCCCGCAAAUCACGGAGUUGGCCGUCUUGCUCGGUGCAGUACUUUUCGGACAUAAGGAGGACAUCAUAACUUCCCGAAUAAUGCCGUACACGUAUGGCGUGUCGUGUACCAUGGAAUUUAAUGCGGAAAGACACAGCGUUGAACACAGAUUUGAAGACGGCGGAAGGCUUUGGGCAAACAAUUCGUUUCGGAAACACGUUACUCGCGGCCAGGCUGUUAAACUUGGAGAAUGGAUCGUUGACAAGGAUUACUUCCCUGAAGGUGAGCACCAAACGUCGGCGACUAUCUACGUCUUUACCUCCGACAAAACGGAUCCGAAUCACAUUACUGACGAAGGUUGUCAGUUCGUGGGUCAGUUCGACGUGGAGUUUCCGCAAACUGUGGCUAAACCAAUGGCAAGAAAGGCAGUUACAGUAGCCAUGCGAUUCGGAGGCACGGAGUUAGAGGUUAGAGCUACAAGUAGUGACGGGAAAACAUACAAGAAAAAAUUAAAAUUUUAAACUAUACAAAAUGAAUGUUGUAACAGAUUUUUUUAAUUGAUGCUUAAAAGCACAGAGGUGUGUCGAAAAAAUAAGCACAUGCACAUCCUAUAUCAUAUGCUAUGUACUUUGAAUGUAAAUAAGACUUAUUUCGGAGAGCACCAUUUUGUUUUCCGAUUUGUUUUACUUAUUUUAAAUAAAUGUUUGUAUAUAGGUUGUACACUAUUCUUUUUUUUCUUUAUGUUUAAGUUUGAAACUGUUCUCGCUUUAUUAUUUUUUUAGUGUUUGGCUAUAGGCCUACUGUAGUGUUCAUGGGGAAACGUAGUAUUAUUGUAAAAAGCAAUCUUGAAAUACUCGUGCUGCUUUAUAUUUCAAAUAUUAUGUUGUUUUAUGUUCGUAAUUUAUCUUAUUAUUCCUACCAGGUCUUCAUACACAAAUAAUCUAGAAACGUUCAGAGGAAGGGAUCUUUACUUUUUUCCUCACUCUUUAACUUAAACCAAGCUACAUUCUAAAUGGUUGUAUUUUUUAUAAUUAAAUAAUCGCGCGAAAACUUUCAGAUUUAACAAAUCUUAUUUGUUAAGUUCUACGAGUGUGAGACGCUGCUGAUGGUUUUUUUAAUGUGUAUAGUUAAGUUAAUAAACUUAAGCCAAUAUGACUAAUACAUUUGUAUUUAUAAGCUAAAUUAAGAAGAUGCAUGCUUGCGUUUUGUGUUUGUUUUUAGAAAACCCUGUAUCUAAAGCUCGAGCGCAUGGUUUGUCCUUCUGCUAUGUUUGAAGUAAUUGUUUCGCGAAAUUUUUUUGUAAUCAUGUUUACUAUAUGCAUAAUUCACAUUUUAUGUUAUUGCUAUAACUCAUAUGUGUAUGGGUCAGUAAAAUAAUGUUGUAGAAUUAUAAUUUGUUGUGUGAUAAGCUUUUCUGUGAUCGCAAAUGCUAUAGUGUAAAUCAUUGUGUAAUAUACUAGCAUAUGUUAUGCCAUGUGCUCUACUAUAUUAAAUGUGGUGUAAGUAUUUAA